CUUUUCAAUGUAACGAUAACAUUCUGAUAUCCCAUCUAUCGCAGAUCCCCGCUUAGUUGAGGGCUAGGACUCGCUCUUAGGGCCUCGACCUGCGUCGCUCCUCCAUGUAACAGUGCAAUCGCAUGGGUUUGCCCCGACGAUCCUGGCACCGACCUUGCCUUCCUCGCCUCGAUUUGGCCCGAGUCAUACGACAAGAUGGAUGCUAUCGACGAGCCAGACGAGCAGCAGCCGCUUUUGGCACGUCGGUCGAAUCAGGUGCCACCGGCAAUUCAAGUUGAUAGCGAAGGUGAGGCUUUGCCCUCGUGGCCAUGAUUUCCAACCACGCGAAUGGGACACCAUUCCAUUCCAGACCCUGGCCACAUCCCUCGGGCUGCUGUAUCUCGCUACCGCCAGGAGGGGUCAAGUCAAGCGGCAAAGACUGAUGAACGCGGUUCUCAAGCUCUUAUCGUCCUUGAUAACGCAGACUUGUUUGGAAGCGUUUAUCAAUUGACUAUCGCCCGUCAUCUGCCACUGUCUGUGCGCUCUACUUCUUCCAACUUCCAAAGGACCUGAUCAACGGCGCUCACUGCGGGAACCACAGAUAUGGACAAGGAUAUUGAGAUCAGAAAAGAGCCCGUGGGCGUCAUUGCGACUGCCUCUAUUGACGAAAUCAACGCUGAAGCACGCACAGCCACCGACAAAGAACAUAGACACUCGUUCUGGGAAGCCGUGAGGCUGUACCCGGCAGCUGUCGGAUGGUCUCUCUUCUUUUCACUGGGUGUUAUCAUGUGUGCCUUUGAUCCGCAACUUUUAGGCCAGCUGUAUGCGACGCCAGCAUUUCAGCGUGACUUCGGUUAUCUCUACGACGGAAGCUAUAUUGUCUCGGCCCCAUGGCAAACCGGCCUGAGCAUGGGCUCCCCAAUCGGCCAAGUCGUCGGAGCAUUCUUCGCGGCUUAUCCGAUGGAGUGGUUCGGGCGUAAGAAGACAUUCGGAGCAUGUGUCAUCCUCACGACCGGUUUCGUCUUUAUCCAGUUCUUUGCCAGAUCACUUCCCGUCCUGCUUGCGGGCGAAUUACUCGGAGGAUUGGUCUUGGGGAGCUAUGCCGUUAUCGCCCCGGCGUAUGCAUCAGAGGUGUGCCCUUUGGCCCUUCGAGGUGUUUUGACAUCCUGCACGAACAUCUGCUUCGUGACAGGCCAAUUGAUUGCAAAUGGCGUCAUUGCUGGGACGCAUGUACUUGACAGCCACUGGGCUUAUAGCGCGCCGUUCGCUAUCCAAUGGCUCUGGCCACUUGUUAUUCUGAUUGGUUUGCCAUUUGCUCCUGAAAGCCCGUGGUGGCUGCAACGACAAGGUCGGUUCGAGGAUGCCGAAAAGUCUCUCAAGCGACUAGCCUCGCCCAAGGUCGACGUUCGACCUACUCUGGCCAUGAUAAUCGAGACGGAUCGAUUGGAGAGAGAAAUCGAGGCGGGUUCCACUUACUCGGAUUGUUUCAAGAAGAUCAACAUCCGCCGGACCGAGAUUGCCGUCGGUGUUUAUACCAUCCAAGUCCUGUCCGGCAUCUACCUGGUCGGCUAUGCCACCUACUUCUUUACCCUUGCUGGCCUGCCCUCCGACCAGGCGUUCAACAUGGGUGUUGGCUUCCUCGCGAUCGGCUUCGUGGGGACUUGUCUCUCAUGGAUCCUGCUGAUCUACUUCGGCCGCCGGACCAUCUACAACACGGGCCUGGCGCUGCUGGCGGUCCUCCAGAUCAUCAUCGGGAUCCUGGACUGCGCGCCCCACUACGACAGCAGGCCCUCCAUUUCUUGGGCCCAGAGCGUCCUGAUGCUGAUCUGGAACUUCAUCUACGACUUGUCCAUCGGGCCCGUGUGCUUCGUCCUCCUCUGCGAGGUGUCGGCCACCAGAGUGCGCGGGAAAACCAUCGCCAUCGCCACCGCCGUCCAGGCCACCGCCGGCAUCGUCAUGACCGUGGCGAUUCCCUACAUGAUCAACCCCGACCAAGCGGACAUGCGAGGAAAACUCGGCUUCUUCUUUGGCGGACUGGCGGCGCUGUGUCUGACGUGGUCAUACUUCCGAGUCCCUGAACUGAAAGGGAGAACGUACCAGGAAGUCGACAUCAUGUUCGAGCGCAACAUCAAGACGAAGGACUUCAAGCACUACGUGGUCACCGCUUGAGACGCAAGACGAACAGUACCAACCAAAUGGAGGCAUUUGGGGUUCAUUGUGUGGACUGCUUUACGAGAUAUUUGAUCUGGCCACGGCGUCUUAUAGGACUGAGACAGCCCCUAGUUUGUACUUCCCAACGGCGGACCACCAAGCCAGCAGUCCUGAUGUUACUUGGCCUAUAGUCCCGAAGCGCCAAUGAAGAAGUUGUGAGACCUGCAGUCUUCAGCCAUAGAAAGCCUCGCUGUCGUCGUUUCUCUUUCUCCAG